ACAUGUGCGCAACGGGGCGGUGAUUGCACGCUGCAGCCAGCCUGAAAUCAGUUGGUGGGGCUGGCGAAACGCUGACGACGAGUAUCUUGUGACAUCUAUUGCCAAAGCCUGUGCCUUGAACCCUGGGGUGAAGGUAUCUGGUGGGAUGCAGCACAACGGGAGCAGCGAUGGCAGCGAGGCCUGCGAUGCCGACUUCGGUAAGACAGCUUGCUGCCUCCCACUCUCUUUACUAAGCGUUGAACAACACCAAAAUGUUGCUGUUGCUGCUGACAGGGCUGUUAAAGUGCAAGGUUUAAACCCAAUAUCCAGAUGGAUCAUCCGGGCCCUGUCACACCUUGACUACUGUGCGGAAUGGGUCCCUGGCCUCGUUCGCAGCCAGUGUUGGGUGGCACUGGGGGCCUGUCACAGAAAGGAGGGAGGUUCCGGGAACUUAGUCCCUGUUGUCUCUGCAGACUCAUCCCUGACGGCGUGUUCAGGCGUGGAGAACGCGGGAACUCCUCAGAAGCUGCUGAUUCUUGAUGCCAGGUCCUACACCGCGGCUGUGGCCAACAGAGCGAAGGGGGGCGGCUGUGAAUGUGAAGAGUAUUACCCAAACUGUGAAGUCGUGUUCAUGGGCAUGGCCAACAUCCACUCCAUCCGGAACAGUUUCCAGUAUCUGCGUGCUGUCUGCAGUCAGGUGCCAGACCCCAGCAACUGGCUUUCAGCCCUGGAGAAUACCAAGUGGCUGCAGCACCUUUCUGUCAUGCUGAAGGCAGCAGUGCUGGUCUCCAGUGCAGUUGACAGAGAAGGACGUCCAGUGCUGGUUCAUUGCUCAGACGGCUGGGACAGGACUCCGCAGAUUGUAGCGCUGGCAAAGAUUCUUCUGGACCCUUACUACAGGACCAUGGAGGGCUUCCAGGUGCUUGUUGAAUCAGACUGGCUGGAUUUUGGUCACAAGUUUGGUGAUCGCUGCGGUCACCAGGAGAAGGUGGAAGAUCAGAACGAGCAGUGCCCAGUUUUUCUCCAGUGGCUGGAUGCUGUUCAUCAGCUUCUGAAGCAAUUUCCUUGCCUCUUUGAAUUUAACGAAGCUUUUUUGGUGAAGCUGGUGCAGCACACGUAUUCCUGCCUCUAUGGGACCUUCCUCGGGAACAGCCCCUGCGAGCGAGAGAUGCACAACAUCUACAAACGUACCUGCUCCGUGUGGUCCCUCCUGCGGGCUGGCAAUAAGAACUUCCACAAUCUUCUCUAUAUGCCAGGCUCUGAGCAGGUGCUGCAUCCAGUGUGCCACGUGCGAGCGCUGCACGUCUGGACAGCAGUGUAUCUCCCAGCUUCCUCACCACAUCCUCUGGGACAGGAUGAGAUGGACAUUUACCUGCCCCCUGGAUCCCAGAGCCAGGAGUUCAGUGGCAGAUGUUUGGACAGAUUACCAAAGACAAGAUCUAUGGAUGACUUGCUCUCAGCCUGCGACUCCAGCAGCCCGCUGACCCGCACGUCUAGUGAUCCAAACCUGAACAACCACUGUCAGGAAGUCCGGGUGGGCCUGGAAGCCCGGCACACCACCGCUGAGGGAGCUGAGCCGUACAUGGGCGAAGGCAGUGCGGUGGCUGCGGGAGAGACACGGCAGGUGGAGAAGCAAGGGGGAGAUGCUCCCCUGCAAGCCAACAGUGCUUGUAGCAGCCGUGCUGAGCCAGAGGGGCAUAGCAAGCAGCUGAGCAGCUGGGCUUCUGUGCCAGCAAGCAGUGCCUCUCUGGAGGCAGAAAAGGGAAACGGAACAUACAUGGAGGAACUGGACGGCAUGUGUCCACCUCCAAAUCCUUCUGGACAGGAAAAUGUUGACAGGGUUUCCACCAGUUCUGGGAAGCAAUUAGAAACCUGUCCCCAGGAACCUUUGGAGGCUACUGGCAUGGUGUCCAAUGGAGGAGGCUGCCCUAAGAGAAACACCACCUGCCAAGAUGUUCCCAGCCAGGAGUCCCUGGCACCAAGCGCCCCUUGCCAGGACAUCCCAGGCCCAGCCCAGGGCAUCCCCUGCCUGGAUGAAGACAACGGCAAAGGUGAUGCUGGAAGGAGUGUGCCCUGUGAGGAGCCCGGCCGUCCCGGGAGAGUCACGCUAGAGCAGUGGCGCAAGCCCAUUUCCCAGAGCCAAAGCAGCGAGUUCUCCUUUCUGGGGUCCAACUGGGACAGUUUUCAAGGAAUGGUGACAUCGCUCCCCAAUGGGGAGCCUGCACCCAGACACCUCCUCUCCUAUGGCUGCUGUAGCAAGAGGUUGAGCAGCAAACCUCUGCGGGCACCGGGCCUGUGCCUCAGUGGCCAGUGGUCUGCCAGAGAAGGUGCGAAACCCUCAGCCUGCUCUGGCCACCUUGGCACGCAUUUUGCCAGCCCUGCAGGAAAGCCCAGCCGUUCGUGGCUACCCUGGCACGUGAAACAAGCGUCUGGUCCCAAGCACAUGCCACCAAAAUGUCCUUCUCCUGUGCCUCCUCUCUACCUGGACGAUGAUGGGCUCCCCUUCCCCACGGAUGUGAUUCAGCACAGGCUGCGGCAGAUCGAGGCCAGCUACAAGCAGGAGGUGGAGCAGCUGCGUAGGCAGGUGCGAGAGCUGCAGCUGCGCCUGGACAUCCGCCACUUCUGUGCCCCUCCGGCUGAGCCUCCGAUGGACUACGAGGAUGACUUUACAUGCUUGAAGGAAUCAGACAGCAGCGACACCGAGGAUUUCUGUUCCGAUCAUAGUGAAGACUGUUUGUCAGAAGCGAGCUGGGAGCCUGUUGAUAAGAAGGAGACUGAGGUCACGCGGUGGGUUCCAGACCACAUGGCCUCGCAUUGUUUUAACUGCGAUUGUGAAUUCUGGCUGGCCAAACGGAGGCAUCACUGCAGGAACUGUGGGAACGUGUUCUGCGCUGCUUGCUGCCACCUGAAGUUGCCCAUCCCUGAUCAGCAGUUGUACGACCCUGUCCUCGUCUGUAACUCCUGUUACGACCACAUCCAAGUGUCUCGUGCCAGAGAGCUCAUGAGCCAACAUCUGAAGAAACCCAUCGCCACAGCUUCCAGCUGAAUACCAGACAAGGGACCUGUCUAAGCCCAGCCUUUUCUCUCAUGGGUUUGAAGGGUGACUCUGCCUCCACUGUAAUUGUGAAGGCCGUUGGUGCAACACUUGAACACCAAGCUCGAAUGCAGUCUUCAGCAGUCUUACUAUCAGCCUGGAGCAGAGGAGCUCAGAUUAGAGAGUAUGGUGUGCGUCCCCACUCUGGUACCGGUGGGCCCGUACAUUGUAGUCUGAUGACCUAGGGCUAAAGAGGGGAUUGCAACCUCUUUCUUUUGUGGGCUGGAAAGCAAUGUUUUCACAGAUACUGCCUGUGCAAAGUACCCCCAAAGCAAUAGAAAGGCAUGUUUAGAACCAACUCCCCUACAAAGGCAGGCUGCUGUACGAGAAGAGGGCAGACUCCAGGUGGUACCGUGUGCUUUGGAAUGGCCUCAGCCUGGAGCAGUUCUGU